AUGGAGAUCUUCGCUGCUUGGACCGCGCGUUUAGGGGCCAAGUUGUUUGGAAAUUUGGAUCCUUCCAUGCCCGACGCGGACGGCGGCGGCGUGCCUAGCUCGGACACUGCAAGCAUGCGCACACACAACACAGCAGAUAUCCUCACGCAUAUAACAGGGAGGUCGAGCAGCUCCGAGGUAAUGGCAACCAAGAGCCUUUUCAUCGCCGCUCUCCUCCUCGUCACCGUAGGCAUGGCGCCGCACGGUGCGGAGGCGGAAACGCAGCUUCCCCUCGGCAUCAUCUCCGGCAUAGUGCCAUGCAGCACCGGGAGUUCCAUCAAUGUGGCUGCGGUUCCGGUGUUCCCGAACGCCGCGGUGCAGGUGGUGUGCGGCGGCACGGUGGUGGGCGCCGCGAAGACGGACGGCAGCGGGGCCUUCACCAUAAACCUGCGCAUGCUCUCCACGCAGCUGCUCACCUCUCUGCUCCAGAAAGAGUGCAAGGUGGUCGUCGUCACCCCGUUGGCAGCAUGCAACGUCAACCUCGCCAGCGUCACCGGCACGCUGGUCGCGCCGGUGCAGAUUCUCGGUGCUGACAGCGGCAGCAGCGGCCUCGGCGGACUGAUUGGCCUUAUCGGCCAGAUCAUCAGCGGAGUCGUCGGUGGCGUCCUCAACAUCGCCACAGCGCCAUUCUCCGUCAUCUAGAUGGUCGGCUGUAAGUGGCCGUGUCCGUCCCCCAUUG